CUACGGUGGUCUGUGCUCACGCGUGUGCUUCCAAUAAGUCGAAAGUCGACCGCGCAGCUACAUAUUUUGUUGUAGGACCAUCAUUGCUUAGCGGCGGGUUCUUUAUGCGUUGCAGCUCACUUUUGCAUACAAUGGAAUUAUUCUUGGAGCGGUGAUUUAUGGUCAAAUUAUGCGCUUUUCGCGAGAGGCGAGGAUGGGAUGGUGCGUCUUUGGUGUGUUGCUUCCCGUAUAAUGUGAACGUGAGUGAAAAUCGACACACGAAACCGAUGUUUGUUGGAUUGCUGUUCCUUUGAGUGCUUUGUGACUCUGUGAUUGCUUGGAAGUGUGCUGGAGAAAAGAUGCAGAGUGCAUACUGAGAAAACACCCAACAUGGGAAAAUAGUUUAAAAUUAAACACACAUUCAUUCAUAAUUCGUGCUCUCGACAAAGGAAGUGGCGCGACGAUAUUCCCGUCUUUGGUAUUUCUGCUGGAUGCCGGUUCUCGUGCAUUUGGGAAGGGACAACAUUGAAGGCCAGAACCCGCCAGAAGUUGCUGCUGGAGAAGAAACACCGAGAAGAGAAACCCGAUUUUAGUGCAACAUAGAUAACAUAGAUUCACAUGUGUUUUGUGUCGUGUUACAAUCUCUUCCUGGGUAGCAUUUCUUGUCUGGCGUAUAAUUGAGAGAAGUUUGAAACUGUUACUAGAAGAAAGUUAUGCUUAGGAUGUGUUUUAGUUUAUUUGUGCUGCUAACGACAAUUUAGAAUUUUGUGAAACGAUCAUCUAUUAUUGUGGUUUAGAGUGCUAAGAAGCUUACGGAUUAAAUCAAAAGGAUAGCCCAUAACGGCUAAACACGCUUUUGUGGAUAGUGACGAAUACGACACACAUCACGAUAGGCGAUACCUCCAUCGAAUUACCCCAUCAGAUCGUCGAGUCUCGAACCGAUAAUCAUCGCAAUAACUGUCAUUUUGUGGUCACUCUGCCUUCCGUCUCGACGCCGCCGUCGAGUAUAACGUACGCACCAUAAAAGGAUUAGCUAAAGUUGGCAGCUACAAAGUGCACCCAGUUGAUGAAGAGUUACUUGCUGCCACGGUUGAUUGGUUUAUUGAGCCAUUGAAAAACGAUCUCGGUCUAACCCCAAAGCUCUCCGUUGGUUAGAUGGCGCUUGGGCUUCGCUGUCGCAUAAAGUAACCGCUGAGUGGGUGGUUCUUUCGAACGCUACAUGAAGAAACCCACAAGACUUCAGGAUUAGUUAGACUCAGGUUUUCCUUGCGAGAUUGCGCAUCGGUGAGCCAGAAGCCUAGGUUUGUGGUGGCGUAUGCGCGGAGAUAGAGUAAAGACACCGCCUCGCGUCAACCAACCGUGCAGCUGGAGUUGAGUGAGUUUUGCUAGUGCCUAGAGGCAGAAAAGUGAAGUGGCCCCCUAUUACUUAACCAUAAAUUACCAUUCGGAAUUCGGAAUUGUAAUGCAGUGGUGAAUGCAUAAGCAGUGAAGUGAGUUGGAAAAUGCUGGGGGUAGUGUAUGUUCCGCGUGUGUAGUUUAACAAGAGAAGUGGCGCGAAAAAAACCUAUCCAUCGCGAUCAAUUGAAACCCAUCGGAAGAGAACUGGGAGCCUAGCUGGAAAGACGACGCCCGGAAGCCCUCCCUAAUCGACAAACGGCACCCCAGUUCAACAACCAGAAGAUUCGUGUUCGCAAACAACCAACGACGAGGGAAAGAUGGUGCUCUGCGACAGUGAUUUAGAUACCUCCAUCGAAUUACCCCAUCAGAUCGUCGAGUCUCGAACCGAUAAUCAUCGCAAUAACUGUCAUUUUGUGGUCACUCUGCCUUCCGUCUCGACGCCGCCGUCGAGUAUAACGUACGCACCAUAAAAGGAUUAGCUAAAGUUGGCAGCUACAAAGUGCACCCAGUUGAUGAAGAGUUACUUGCUGCCACGGUUGAUUGGUUUAUUGAGCCAUUGAAAAACGAUCUCGGUCUAACCCCAAAGCUCUCCGUUGGUUAGAUGGCGCUUGGGCUUCGCUGUCGCAUAAAGUAACCGCUGAGUGGGUGGUUCUUUCGAACGCUACAUGAAGAAACCCACAAGACUUCAGGAUUAGUUAGACUCAGGUUUUCCUUGCGAGAUUGCGCAUCGGUGAGCCAGAAGCCUAGGUUUGUGGUGGCGUAUGCGCGGAGAUAGAGUAAAGACACCGCCUCGCGUCAACCAACCGUGCAGCUGGAGUUGAGUGAGUUUUGCUAGUGCCUAGAGGCAGAAAAGUGAAGUGGCCCCCUAUUACUUAACCAUAAAUUACCAUUCGGAAUUCGGAAUUGUAAUGCAGUGGUGAAUGCAUAAGCAGUGAAGUGAGUUGGAAAAUGCUGGGGGUAGUGUAUGUUCCGCGUGUGUAGUUUAACAAGAGAAGUGGCGCGAAAAAAACCUAUCCAUCGCGAUCAAUUGAAACCCAUCGGAAGAGAACUGGGAGCCUAGCUGGAAAGACGACGCCCGGAAGCCCUCCCUAAUCGACAAACGGCACCCCAGUUCAACAACCAGAAGAUUCGUGUUCGCAAACAACCAACGACGAGGGAAAGAUGGUGCUCUGCGACAGUGAUUUAGAUGUAACGGGCAUCUCGCAGAAGUGGAACAAACUCCGCCGCCGCUGUGCAUCGUUCAAAACAGUCUCAGGCCCAGCGUCGCUCGAUUCGGACACCAACUUUAUUCUGGCCGAACAUCCAGCCCACUAUCAGAUCAUAGCGGCAGGUCCAGUUCCAGUUCAAGUUCAACAGCAACAUCAGCCCCACCAUCAUCAUCACCACCAUGGUCAUCAUCGACAUCAUCACCAUCACCACAUUCAGCAUGACCACGAGCGACAUCUAGCUGAUCAAGCACAUUUCGCACAUCUCCACGACCCAAACUGGGAACUCCGACAUUCCAGCUCCAGCUCAACCUCCACAUCUUCCUCCACGAUUGGACCUCCUCCAAUCUAUGCUGCUGAAGAGUACUGGCAAAUUCACGAACGAGAUGUCAAACUGUGGCGGCUCGGUGCUCAUCAAACAUACGCCCAUAGGAUCCGUGUGACCCCUAAUCAACGACGCAGUGCCCACAGCAUCGACUGGGAGUAUAACGUGCACAAAUACGAAAAUAUGGUCGACCACACCCAAGUGUCCCCUGCUCGACUUUUCCGACACGAAAAGCUCCAGUAUUAUGACGAAGUAUCCAGUGUUAAGAAGAAAAACUCCCUCGGUGCUAGUGAAAGUGAGAGUGGAAUAAAAAUUGCCAAAGAGAUCAAGCUGCCUAGUCUGAAAAAUUUCAAAUCGGCUUCCAUGCGACUGCCGGGACAGAAGUCUUCCAUCAAUGAGGUGCAACAACUGCUUAGAAGUAAGUUCAACCGAAUACAUGCCGGUCUUCGCAAAAGGCGGGCACUUUCCGUCCAAGAAGUGUUCCAAAUGCCCGCGCAGACCACCCCAACGAAACCUACCUUCUACGUUCCAUCACCGCUGGUCGGUGAACGAAAACCUCACAAUCCAUCCCGAUACGAAGAGGAGCUCAACGAAGACGAAGAUGGCCCUCUUAGCUUACCAUACAUCAACGAAAACCUCCUCAAAGUGGACGAUGCCCACGUUAAACUACGAGAUCGAUCACUCAGCCCCCGAAAAGAACGCACCAAGACUUGGUACCGCAACAUUGACCUCAGCGCAGCUCGAAAAUGCGAUCAGAACACUCCAAAGCCUAAACCAUCCGUUCCCGUCACCGAAGACGAACAACCGGAAACGCCCAAAGAAAAACCAAACUUCGUAAUCGGAGGUCGCGUGUCACUGCGCGAACGCGUCGAAAACAUGAACCUCAACCGACUUCGAUCGAAAACCUCCACCACCGGCCCAUCGCCAAGUCCUGUCCCCAGGAAGUCCAACGAGCAGCGCAAAAUCCGUCCCCGUAGCCAUUCCCCGCUUAAAAACCUAAAGAUCAACCUUUCCAGCAUCGGAAUCGGAACGCCAACCGGUGAAUCGACGCCCAAACCCAAACGGGACUCGUUUGGCCUGUUUGGCCGACUGAACCGUAUGAUGCACGGUAGCAGUCCAUCGCCGGAAAAGUCCAAUCGUGUGGCGGCCAAAGAUGGCACCGCCGUAAAUGGAACCAGCAGCCCGGUGCGUUCGAAAGCCGACACAAGCGGAGGUGCUAACGGUUCGGCUGCCAAGGCGGGGUCUUCCGUUAGCUACAGCGGUAAUGUUAGUAAACAGUCCACCAUUCAGAAGCUGACCCAACUUAGCAGCGGGAAUCGACGGGACUCGGCGGCGACGGCGGCCAAGGCGGAAACGAACGGCAUCGAACGUGACCGGAAAUCUAAGCAGAUUUCCGACAGCUCACACAAAACGUCCGUUUCGGUCAACGGUCUCUCGAAGCCAACAUCAGUAACGUUCAUCAAGGUACCGGACACGCAGCAUAAUGGAACCAGUCCCGACGAUAAAGACGAUUAUGAUGAUGAGGAAAUCGAAGAAAGCAAAUUCUGUACUUUGCCACGAAGUGGCCCCAAUGCAUUUACAAUUCGGCAGGCACGAUUCGUCAAGGGAAACGGCGCCAAAGCGCUAGGGUUCUCAAUAGUCGGCGGUAAGGACUCCCCCAAAGGAUCGAUGGGCAUCUACGUGAAAACCAUCUAUCCCAACGGACAGGCGGCGGAGAAGGGAACACUUCAGGAAGGCGACGAAAUCCUUUCGGUCAACGGAACUGCAUUCCAGGGUCUGUCCCACCAGGAGGCGAUUAACGUUUUCAAAUCGAUCAAAACUGGCGACGUGGUCAUUUUGCUCGGCAGGAGAAACAAUCGGCGAAAGUUGGAUACUCCUUCGCCGCAGUGAAGCGGCUUUUCGCGGUGUAAAAAUGCUUAGUGGAAUGUUUAUUUUUUACCAAAUAAGGAUUUCUAAUAACAUUUGCAAUUAUUAGCUUAGUAAGAACCAUACGCACAGUUUGAAUUGAAUCGAAAAUCACAACGAAAAGUGCACAAUUGCUGUAACACUCCCGACCACGUAGAAAUCACGGCAGCUCGAACCAAAUGAAAAAUUCAAACAAUUUACCUUUUUACUUACCAGUUUGUUUGAUGUUAUUUUUUUAUUAUGAAACAAUGUCGAAUCAACGCGCAGACAUAACUAGUCCAAGAUUCUUUAAAUAAAAUGUGUAAAAAUUUGACGAAUCCAAACAAAGCUUUCAUUUGAGCGAGACAGAAAAAAUACCAAUAUAUUCAUUAAAAUACAGUUAGUGUUUAACCAUACCAAAGGAUUGUCAUCAAAUGAAAGAAGUAAAAUGCGUGCGAUUUUUUUUUUGUUAAAUACAUUGCUUAAUUCUGUCCGGGUAGAGCACGCGAGCGCGUUCGUAUUUGUAUUACCGACUUUGAAUUUAUUUGCAGUUAAUUACACCACGUUCUUCGUGCAUUAACCAGUAAGUCAUGCGAAUAUAAUAUAUGCAGUAUAAAA